AGCCAUUUUGGCUCAAGCCGCAUGCCAGGUCGGGGCCCCAGACGCGCUCCUCUCCCCGCUGCAUGUCCAUGGCUGCUGGCGCUGCGCCGGUGGCGUGCAUGUUCAUCGGCCGAGAUGGCUCACCAGCGUUCGUCGACGGCUCGCGCAGCGCGUGCUCGGCGUGCUCGCCGCCGGGGCUUUCUGCAUGUUCCUCCUCUUGGCCAUCGAUUCAUCGCUGUGCCUUCUGCUCUUCAUGCGAAUGGUAAAUGCAUGCGUCGAGGAAUUGCUCUGCACGCUCGUCUUCAGUCUGAGAGCGUUUUUCGUUCUCACAGGUUUCGUCACGCUGCUCUUCUUGCACGCGAUCGAGUGGGACCUGAUGCGACGGCUGCUCAUCUUCGUGUUCACGUUCAGGCUUGCAGGGCAAAGCACCGCGUGCCCUCGGUGCCGACAGAAGCGGCCGUCGUCCGGCCAGCUGUGGUGCGCACCGCGUCGGUGCUGCAGGAUCUUCUCCCUCAGCGUGGCUCUCUUCCUGUUGCACCCGUGUUUUUUUUGUACGGAUAAUACUGUACAGAAGGUGCAGCUUUCAUUUCUUCUAUUGCUGGUGGUACAGUCCUCGGUGCUGAUGGAGACAACGAGCGGCGUGACCGUACGGGUCCUCAAGUUGUCGGCGUCCUCUCGCCGCCGCGCAUGAAGUCUCACUUGGCUGAUCGUCGCGUUUGUCAACAUUCGGCUGCUGUGCCUGCUGCAGCUGGUCUUCCUGUAGGUGAGGGUGCUGGAUCUGGAGAUCAUGUUCUGCGUCAUCGUGAGCAGUGUGGCCAUCGCCCAGCGCUAACUGUUGAAGCUGCUGAUUCUCGUGAUGAUGCUCAAGCUUCGUCUUCGUCGUUGCCUUGUGUAGCUACUGAUCCUUCCUGAACUGUGCAUGUUACUCUUUGUACCGCGAUGCCUGGGGUGGCUGCUGAUUCCAACUGUGGUGCACUUGUUCCUCAUCGUGACCUGGUUGAUCGUUGUGUUCGUCAACAUGCGGCUGGUCUUCCUGAAGGUGUGGGCACUGGAUCUGGAGUUCUUGCUCAAGCUUCGUCUUCCUCGCUGCCUGGUGCGGCUACUGAUAUUCCCUGUGUUGUGCAUGCUCCUCUUCGUGAGUUGGCUGAUCGACGUGCUCAUCUUCCUGAUGCGUCCUGCACGCUGGUUAUGGGUGUGUACAACGUUUGCCUCCCCCUGGCGUGGCAGAUGGUGCUCACGUCGAGGAUGUAGCGGCUGCUGGUCUUCAUGCUGGCCGUGCCCUUCCUCAGGAUGUCGGCGAUUAUGUUAAGCAGUUGGUGGCCGUCAGUCUGUGCGAGCAGUUUGACACGCUCCGCGACGCGACCCCUGGGCUCAUCAAGGUUUCCCUUGACACGGUGGUGUGUUUUUUUCCAACAAGCGGGUGCUGUCCUCCCUGGACAACCUGCGGCGAUGGCGGCAGCUGGAAGAGGCAAUUCCCGCUGUUCGUGAUGAGCGCCGUGCUGAUGAUCCGCCUGAAGCUCGUGGUGUUCCUCUUGACCGUGCCGCUGGGCGUGGCGCAUGUCGUACGGGUGUCCCCGAUGGUCGUGAUGAUUGUUCCGCUGCCGCUGCUGGUGGCGCGCGGCGCAGGUCGUUGCUCAGUUUCGGCGUUGGUAAUUGAGGGCCGCUCUGACUGUGAGAACGUGCUGCCUCACCCCGGUGGACGUGAUGAGCUUCGGCAUGAUGAACUAUUUGCUCAACAGCGCCCACUGCGCUCCGAACAGCGUGUGCUCGACUUCAUGCGACCGAUCAUGCGCAAGAUGGGCGAGCAGAUUCACCUUCUUCAAGAUCCAUUCCGUGAACUUCGGCGCGCUGGCACGCGUGGUCAUCCUGUUCCUGCUGCUGGUCAUCCUGAUCGUGCCGAUAUGUUUCCUGGCGGUGCGGGUGGUUCUGGCGGGUUGCGGGCCUCCCUCGACCGAUCGCAGGCUGUUGCACACUUGGCCGCUGCUGCGAGUGGCGCUGCUCCGCCUUGUCCUGGUGCUCGUGCUGCGGAUGAGCCCCAAGAUGAUGUGCAUGUUGGCGCCGUCUGUGCCGGAGUGGCCGCUGCUGAGCGUGAUGUCUCUCUUCGACUUCUUGGUGGUGGUGUUCGCGAUUCAAUGCGACAUCGUGUUCCAGAAUUCGGCUGGUCGAUACCAGGUGCUCCAUGUCUUCGACGUGCAGAGUUUCUACCACUCCAUUACUGCAACACGGCGCUUGCUAAUAUGACGGAUUCUCUCGCCCGCAACGCGGCUGCACUACAGAGAUCUUCAAUGUGUACUUCAGCUAUUUCUGAUUUCUUCAACGACAUCUCCGGGUGGGCGGUCUGCCCAUCGAGCCCUUCUUCUCCGAGGGCUCCGUCGUCUGCUCCGUCAUUGUGCGAUGCCGACGUUCUGCUGCCUACGGCUGGGUGCUCCGCUGGCCGUGUCCGAGGCGCCCCGCCCGCCGCCGCGGCAGUCGGGUGCGGACCCGCGCUCCUCUUACGCUCGACUCCUCUGCCUCCCUCCCCCCUUCCCCCUCCCCCUCGGGCUCCACGGAGGGCGGAUCCCAAAGCAGGGUUACAUCGCGUCAGCGCUGCGAUUGUAGAUGCGCCAGCAGGGGAUUUCUCAUCUCGACCUUUUAAUUUCCACCUGGCUCCUGGU